AGCUUCCGAGGAUCUAUACCACAAGGCUUAGUCUUGGAACUAGGAGAAACUGUCCAGAUCUUGGAAAAAUGUGAAGGCUGGUACAGAGGAGUUUCCAUUAAGAAGCCCAAUGUAAAGGGGAUCUUUCCUGCUAACUAUAUUCACUUGAAAAAGGCAAUCGUCAGUAACAGAGGACAGUAUGAAACAGUAGUUCCACUUGAAGAUUCUGUUGUGACUGAAGUCACAGCAACGCUCCAGGAAUGGGCUAUCCUGUGGAAACAGCUGUAUGUGAAGCAUAAGAUAGAUCUUUUCUACAAACUGCGCCAUGUGAUGAAUGAACUCAUUGACCUGCGUAGACAGCUACUGUCAGGUCACUUGACACAGGAUCAGGUGCGAGAAGUCAAGAGACACCUUACAGUGCGACUGGACUGGGGUAAUGAACAUUUGGGCCUGGAUCUAGUUCCUCGGAAGGACUUUGAGGUGGUGGAUUCAGAUCAGAUCAGCAUCUCAGAUCUUUAUAAAAUGCAUUUAUCAAGUAGGCACAGUGUCCAGCAAAGCACAACACAGGUGGAUACGAUUCGUCAGCGUCAUGGGGAAGCUUGCCGUAUGCCAGUGCCCCACCACUUCUUCGUCAGUCUAAAGAGCUUCACCUAUAAUACUAUUGGGGAGGACACAGAUGUCUUCUUUUCUUUGUAUGAUGUUCGAGAGGGCAAGCAGAUCAGUGAGCGGUUUCUGGUGAGGUUAAACAAGAAUGGAGGCCCAAGGAAUCCAGAAAAGAUAGAACGGAUGUGUGGCCUUUUCACAGAUCUCAGCAGCAAGGAUAUGAAGAGAGACUUGUACAUAGUUGCACAUGUAAUUCGAAUAGGUCGCAUGCUGCUAAAUGAUUCCAAAAAGGGCCCCUCCCAUCUACAUUAUCGUCGCCCCUAUGGCUGUGCAGUAUUGAGCAUCAUGGAUGUACUUCAAUCAAUCUCUGAACUAAAGGAAGAAAAAGAUUUUGUUCUAAAAGUUUACACGUGCAACAAUGAAAAUGAAUGGUAUCAGAUCCAUGAAAACAUUAUCCGCAAGUCCAGUACCAAGUACACAGCACCCAGCUCAAACUAUGGACUUAUAAUUUCUCUACAGCUUCUUCGUGGGGACAUGGAGCAGAUUCGACGGGAGAACCCCAUGAUCUUUAACAGGGGGGUGUCUGUUACCAGAAAACUCGGUUUCCCCGAUGUCAUAAUGCCAGGUGAUAUACGUAAUGACUUGUACCUGACACUAGAGAAGGGGGAUUUUGAGAGAGGCGGGAAGAGUGUUCAGAAGAACAUUGAAGUGACCAUGUAUGUUCUUUAUGCAGAUGGAGAGAUCCUGAAGGACUGUAUCAGUUUGGGCUCAGGAGAGCCAAACAGAAGUGCAUACCACUCUUUUGUCCUCUACCACAGUAACAGCCCUCGUUGGGGGGAAAUUAUCAAGCUACCCAUCCCCAUUGACAGGUUUCGUGGGUCUCACCUUCGCUUUGAGUUCAGGCAUUGCUCCACUAAAGACAAAGGAGAAAAAAAGCUUGUUGGCUUUGCAUUCACUCCUCUGAUGAGGGAUGAUGGCACCACCCUAUCGGAUGAUAUCCAUGAGCUUUAUGUUUAUAAGUGUGAUGAGAACAGCACAUUUAAUAAUCAUGCUCUGUACCUGGGGCUGCCCUGCUGCAAAGAGGACUACAACGGCUGCCCUAACAUCCCUUCAAGCCUCAUUUUCCAGCGUAGUACCAAAGAGACCUUCUCGAUCUCCACCCAGCUCUCCUCCACCAAACUCACCCAGAACGUGGACUUGCUUGCCCUCUUAAAAUGGAAGGCUUACCCAGACCGUGUAAUGGAUAUCCUAGGAAGACUGAGGCAUGUCAAUGGCGAGGAAAUUGUUAAGUUCCUGCAAGAUAUUCUAGACACGUUAUUUGUGAUUUUGGAUGACAAUACAGAAAAGUAUGGCCUGUUGGUCUUCCAGUCAUUGGUGUUCAUCAUAAAUCUGCUACGUGACAGCAAAUAUUUCCAUUUCCGACCUGUUAUGGAUAUGUACAUUCAGAAACACUUUGCAGGAGCACUGGCUUACAAAGAACUGAUCCGAUGUUUGAAGUGGUACAUGGACCGAUCAGCUGAGCUUGUACGACAAGAUCAUAUCCAGGAAGCAAUGAGGGCCUUGGAAUAUCUUUUCAAGUUCAUUGUCCAAUCUCGGAUCCUUUACUCAAGAGCUACUUGUGGAAUGGAGGAGGAACAAUUUCGCUCCAGUAUCCAAGAGCUUUUCCAGUCCAUCAGAUUCGUGCUCAGCUUGGACAGCAGGAGCUCAGAGACUCUCAUCUUCACACAGGCUGCUUUACUUAAUUCCUUCCCUGCAAUCUUUGAUGAGCUAUUGCAGAUGUUCACCGUGCAGGAAGUAGCAGAGUUUGUGAGAGGAACUCUAGGAAGCAUGCCCAGUACAGUGCAUAUCGGACAGUCGAUGGAUGUAGUUAAGCUGCAAUCUAUAGCACGCACUGUGGACAGCCGCCUGUUUUCUUUCUCGGAAUCUCGGCGAAUCUUGCUCCCUGUGGUUCUUCAUCACAUUCACCUUCAUCUGAGACAGCAGAAGGAGUUACUCAUCUGCUCUGGGAUCCUCAGUAGUAUCUUCUCCAUUAUCAAGGCCAGCUCCUUGGAGGCAGAUGUAGUGGAGGAGGUUGAGAUGAUGGUGGAGAGCCUCCUGGAUGUACUUUUACAGACUCUGCUUACUAUCAUGAGUAAAUCGCAGUCUCAGGAGGCGGUAAGAGGGCAGCGUUGCCCGCAGUGCACAGCCGAAAUCACUGGAGAGUAUGUGUCCUGUCUCUUGUCUCUGCUUCGUCAGAUGUCAGACACUCAUUUUCAACAUUUACUGGACAACUUCCAGAGCAAGGAUGAGCUAAAGGAGUUCCUGCUGAAGAUUUUCUGUGUGUUUCGAAACCUGAUGAAGAUGAGUGUCUUUCCUCGGGACUGGAUGGUGAUGAGGUUGCUCACCAGCAAUAUCAUAGUUACGACAGUCCAGUACCUGUCCUCUGCCCUGCACAAGAACUUCACAGAAACAGACUUUGAUUUUAAGGUGUGGAACUCCUAUUUCAGCUUGGCAGUUCUGUUUAUAAACCAGCCAAGCCUGCAGCUAGAAACUGUCACUCCAGCUAAGAGAAAGAAGAUUCUGGACAAAUAUGGCGACAUGCGAGUGAUGAUGGCAUAUGAGUUAUUCAGCAUGUGGCAGAACCUGGGUGAACAUAAAAUUCACUUUAUUCCGGGAAUGAUUGGCCCCUUUCUUGGUGUCACACUGGUCCCACAGACAGAGGUCCGCAACAUCAUGAUCCCCAUCUUUCAUGACAUGAUGGACUGGGAGCAGAGGAAAAAUGGCAACUUCAAACAGGUGGAAGCUGAAUUGAUUGAUAAGCUGGACAGCUUGGUAUCAGAAGGAAAAGGAGAUGAGAACUACAGGGAGCUCUUCAGUCUACUAACCCAGCUCUUUGGGCCCUACCCCAGCCUGCUGGAGAAGAUUGAACAAGAGACAUGGCGGGAGACUGGCGUCUCUUUUGUUACAUCAGUUACUCGCCUCAUGGAGCGUCUCCUUGACUACAGGGACUGCAUGAAAGGAGAUGAAACAGAAAACAAGAAGAUUGGCUGCACUGUUAACCUGAUGAACUUUUAUAAAUCUGAAAUUAACAAGGAAGAGAUGUAUAUCCGCUACAUCCAUAAGCUGUGUGACAUGCACUUACAGGCUGAGAACUACACUGAGGCUGCAUUUACAUUGCUUCUGUACUGUGAGCUACUUCAGUGGGAGGACAGACCUCUGCGAGAGUUCCUGCACUACCCAUCACAGACAGAGUGGCAACGUAAGGAGGGGCUAUGCCGGAAGAUUAUCCACUACUUCAACAAAGGGAAGAGCUGGGAGUUUGGAAUCCCACUGUGCAGAGAGCUGGCCAUUCAGUAUGAAAGUCUGUAUGAUUAUCAAAGCCUCAGCUGGAUUCGGAAAAUGGAAGCUACCUAUUAUGAUAACAUCAUGGAACAGCAGCGCUUGGAACCUGAGUUUUUCAGAGUUGGUUUUUAUGGCCGGAAAUUCCCCUUCUUCCUUCGGAACAAGGAGUAUGUAUGUCGAGGCCAUGACUACGAAAGGCUGGAGACCUUCCAACAAAGAAUGCUGAGUGAGUUCCCACAAGCCAUUGCAAUGCAGCACCCAAACCAUCCAGAUGACACCAUUUUGCAAUGUGAUGCUCAGUAUUUACAGAUAUAUGCAGUGACUCCCAUCCCAGACAAUAUUGAUGUGCUACAAAUGGAACGUGUGCCUGAUCGUAUAAAGAGCUUUUAUCGCGUCAACAACAUCAGGAAAUUCCGCUAUGAUAGGCCUUUCCACAAAGGUCCAAAGGACAAAGAGAAUGAAUUUAAGAGCUUGUGGAUUGAACGUACCACUCUGACACUGACUCACAGUUUACCUGGGAUCUCCCGGUGGUUUGAAGUGGAGAGAAGAGAGCUGGUCGAGGUGAGCCCUUUGGAAAAUGCCAUUCAAGUUGUUGAGAACAAAAACCAGGAGCUGAGGACAUUGAUAAGCCAGUAUCAGCACAAGCAAAUGCAUGGCAACAUUAACCUGCUCAGCAUGUGUCUGAAUGGAGUGAUUGAUGCAGCUGUGAAUGGUGGCAUAGCACGGUACCAGGAGGCCUUUUUUGAUAAAGAUUAUAUCACCAAGCACCCUGGAGAUGCAGAAAAAAUCACACAGCUCAAAGAGCUCAUGCAGGAACAGGUGCAUGUUCUUGGAGUGGGUCUGGCAGUACAUGAGAAAUUUGUACAUCCAGAGAUGCGUCCUCUACAUAAGAAACUGAUUGAUCAGUUCCAAAUGAUGCGAUCUAGUCUGUACCAUGAGUUGCCUGGUUUGGAUAAAUUGAGUCCAGCCUGUUCUGGUACCAGCACCCCACGCAGCAGUGUUCUUGUGUCACACGGCCCGAUGAGUCCAGAGAGCAUCAAGCUGGUGCAUCGACACAGCCCAUUGAACUUGCUGGGUUCAGUCAGACACUCGUCAUCGUCUCUUUCCUCCCAUACUUCCAGUGAAACAGGAAACCUGGUUAUCCUAACAGACAGUUCUGUAGGGGAGACCGCUGAGGACAUGUACCACAUGCAGCUUGUUUACCCUAACUCCAGGUACCAAGGCUCAGUCACCAACGUCUCUGUUUUAUCCUCGUCCCAGGCCAGUCCUUCCACUUCAAGCCUGAGCUCUACCCACUCUGCACCAUCCCAGAUGAUUAACUCUGCCCCUCCCAGUGCACGAGUGCUGGUGAAAGGUGCUGGAUUGACAACACUGGAGGCUGAAGCCCUCUAUUUAUCCACAGAACAGAUACAGCACGGGCGGCAGCAGUGCAAGCUUCCCCACACUGCCCCCACCAAUGUGCCUCAUCUCUGUCCUGGAGGGACCACCUCUAGAGAUAAGUACCGCCACACUCGGGAGCUGAUGAUGCUGCUGCCAACCCACCGGGACCGACCAAGCAGUGCCAUGUAUCCUGCAGCUAUCAUGGAAAAUGGACAGCCUCCAAAUUUUCAGCGCGCCUUGAUCCAGCAAGUGAUCGGACCAUGCAAACCUUGCAGUGAUCCCAAUCUAUCUGUUGCUGAGAAAGCUGUGCCAGCAGCGCCCAGCAGCUGGAGCCUAGACAGCGGAACCAGAGAGGCCCUGCCAUUCCUGUCUGCCCACGUUGGGAGCAUCUUGGCCCCACCAGUACCUCCCCGAAGCCUACCCCAUGGUCACUACUCACUGCACUUUGAUGCCUUCCACCACCAGCUCAGUGAUGCUCCUCCAGCACUGCCUGCACGGACAUUGCGCAAGUCUCCUCUUCAUCCAAUUCCUGCAUCACCCACAAGUCCCCAGUCUGGCCUGGAUGGAAGUAACUCCACUCUGUCAGGCAGUGCCAGCAGUGGUGUGUCCUCCUUAAGUGAGAGUAACUUUGGACACUCAUCUGAGCCCCCUCCUCGCACAGACACCAUGGAUUCUGUCCCUAGCCAGGCCUGGAAUACUGAUGAAGACUUAGAGACACCCUACCUCCCUGUCAGGUACAGUCUCUCUGAACCAGAUGUUCUGGAGUCACUCAAAUCCCAGCCAUGUCGAAGCCACUCUGCUCCAUCUGGAGUCAUUCCUCAGGACACUAUGGACCCUCCAGCUCUCCCCCCAAAACCAUAUCAUGCUCGGCUCCCAAACAUGGAGAAUGAAGAGGAAAUGAUGCUGACGAUGGAAGAGGAAGACAAACACCGGCCACUGCAUCGCAAAGUCUCCCAACCAGCUAGUGGUGGAAAGGAGGAGCAGGCCAGGGUAGCAUGGGAGCAUGGCAUCAGUGAGCAGUAA